CAGCUGCUACCUGAUCCCUGAACCCGCUCAUCCAGAUCCAGAUCCAGAUCCAGAUCCAGCCUCCAGCAGAUUUCCCUCCACUCAGUAAAAGAUGGACGCCCAGAUGGACUUGUGGGGCCCGAAGAUGCCCGAGGGCCUGGACUUGGAGGUUUCCCAUCAUCCCCUCACAAUGAAGCACGUGGCCAGUCUGGUCAUCGCCAUGCAGAGGCUGAAGGGCCACGGGCCGGAGUCGGUCCUGAGCACCGACUUCCGAGACGAGCACCUGCUCAGCAUCAUGCUGGAGAGCCUGGUGGAAGAGCAGGAGAUAUUCGAGAGGAGCUCGGCUCCGCCAGCGCACUUCAGCAGGACGGGGCAGAUCCACUGCAGCCUGACCGACGGCCAGAAGAGGAGCCUGGUUCUGGUCCAGAGCAGCAUGGAGCUGCACGCCAUGCUGCUGCAGGGAGGCAGCUCCAGCCGCAGAGUCCAACUAAACAUGUCCACCUACGUGCGGCCUGUGGUCAGCACCAAGGGCAAGCCGGUGGCUCUCUGCAUCAAGGACACCAACCUCUACCUGUCGUGCCACAAAGACGGCGAGAAGCCCGCCCUGCACCUGGAGGAGGUGGAGGACAAAGCUAGCCUGCAGAGGAUCGGGGCCGAGAGCGACCAGCUGCGCUUCAUCUUCCACAAGGAGGAGAGCGGCGUGAACCUCAGCACGCUGGCGUCGGCCCGCUUCCCCGGCUGGUACAUCAGCACGGCGCCGCAGGACGACCAGCCGGUGCGCAUGAGCCAGGAGGAAUCCGACUACGAGCGCACCUUCAUCAUCCAGCAGGAGAGCUGAGGAUCCGCCUCGCUCCACGUCUCCACAUCUCCAGAACAGACAGAGUCUCCUUUAACUGUAUGUACCAAGUACAGAGUGAACCUUCCUGUAUUGACAGUGUCAACCCUCAGGGCCGUCUCAUCACAGACCGGUGUAUUUAUUGUGCAGAGUAAUACUUGCGGUUGUUCAUUUUUAUUUAUGUAAAUAUGUAUUUAUGGAGCGUUAUACUCUUCAUUUCUAUUUAACGGACUUGUUUGAUGCACAGCAAAGGUGAAAUAAAUCCUGUCGACUCAUGA